UAAUAUAACGAGUGGAAUGUUCAUUAUACUCCAAUUGCUUUUGAAGACCAUUUGCCGACUUGCCGCCCACUGUUUCCAAGGCUGACUGCAAGGCUUUGAGCAGGUGUAGAACAACAAGCAGAAAGUUACUUGCUGCGUGAAAUCGGCUGCAGCAGCCGGGCACCGACCGGCUGAAACAUGGCCGACGCGAAGUCCCACAGCACGCCCGUAGCCGAUGAUUGGAACUGGACGGCCCGCAUCCGCAAUGAGCUAGGCGCCAACAAGGCGUGGGAGCGCAAUUGGGGCUUCCUUGUGGAGCAGUCGGCGUCGCCCGACUCGCUGGCGGCCUUCAUGGCCAAGAGCAAGGCGGCGGGCGGGGACAAGGCGCUGGAGGGCAUGUCCUACAUUGCAGCCAAGCAGCGCGACUCGGCACGGGCGGCAACUCGCCGCGCGCGAGAGGCCACGCUGCAGCGACAGCAGCAGGAGCCGCAGCCCCACAGGCCGCAGGCGGUAAAGGAGCAGCAGCCGGAGCUGCAUCCGGAGCGGGGCACGGUGGCGGGGGCGCUGCGGCACCAGGACAGCCUGGACGGCUUCGUGGCGGGCUACCAGCCGCGUGACCCUAAGACGCGCAAGCUGCCAACGGAGGAGUUCCGCAAGCCGCUCACCACCAGCCACGACUACGGCUGGGGGCGCAACCUGGAGGUGUUUGGCCAGAUGGCGCUGGUCCUCAAGUGAUGCAAUAGGCUGCGAGAGGAGAAGCAAUGAAGGCCAGGGGUGGAAGGGUGCCGUUUCGACGGCAGCGCUAGUUAGGGGCCAGGAGGCCGGGUUGUGACCGGCGUGCGCAUGGGAUUAGCGGUGGUGCCGGUAUGUAGGUAGGUGUGUGCCUGACCAGCGUGGGUGCAGACCAGGUAGGACAGAGAGACAUGUAGGACGCGCACAUGACGAGGUGAAAGGCGCAAAAUUCCGGUUUCGUUUAGCAUGAAGCCCGCCGAUUGUUGUGCGCCGUUGUAUGAUGUUUGGAGGAAAUACUCGACUUUCCAAUUAUGUGCAGUGAACAGGUGUGUCGCAGUGGCAAGAUAUUACGCAGGAAGGAGUGCUCAUUCAUGCGGGUGUUGGCAACCAAAAAGGGAGCCUACGCAGUUGCCAGGAUAUAGGCAAUCGGGGAUGUAGCCGCAGAUUGGCUGAACAUGAAUUGAUGGAGGGGGCUGUGCUACCGCUUUGGGCUGACUGCUGGACCUUUACUUGGGGUUGGCUAGGGUGAGACAGGACUGCGGGACUACCGUACAAGCAGUUAUGUUGCAUGCAACUGCUCGAUUGCAUGCAUGGGGUUUGUUUGCCUGGUACACUCACAGCAAGAGGGCUGUUCGUUUGCUAUGCCGGUGCUUGCUUGGUACAUGUUGUUGUGUGUGAUUACAAGGUGGUGAGCACGACGUGCAUUCCUGUCUCUGUAGAGACCAAUCGAGGCGGCCAGGCCGUGGGGGGCCGUAUCACAUGUGAGUGAUGUGACUGCGUGCAGUACUGAAGGUUGAGGCGCGUGGCGGCUAACCGCAUUUUAUGCUCUUCAAGGCUAUUGUUUGCAAAAGAUGCUUGCAUGACGCGUUGUUGUGCGGUGGCGUCAAAGGCUUCGAUACGCUAGCUAGGACAAGAUGACAUAUGCGCUGACGCGACCUGCGAUGACACGUGCACCACCAAAACAGCAGCUUACAUUCUAUGUCCAUGUCUUGCACCCGUGCAGAGUAAGGUGCCUGCAACUCAACUGGUACAGCGCUACGGACUGCGACGCUGCGCGGGCUACUCGGGUUCAGUGCAGGGGCAGGGCGUAGGGUGUAGGUCCCCGAUUGCCCCCC